AUGUUAAAUAAUAAAAAAAAUCACCCCUUCCACCUAGUAGAUUAUAGCCCAUGACCUUUAAUAAGUUCAUUAGGAUUAUUUACCACAAUAAUAGGUUUAAUUAAAUGAUUCCACUUACAUGAAAAAAACUUACUAUUAUUUAGAUUAAUUAUUAAUAGUUUAAUUAUAUAUCAAUGAUGACGAGAUAUUAUUCGAGAGGGAACCUUCCAAGGAUUACAUACUUUAAAAGUAACUAUAGGUCUUCGUUGAGGAAUAAUUUUAUUCAUUACAUCAGAAGUAUUUUUUUUUCUUGGAUUUUUUUGAAGAUUCUUUCAUGCUAGAUUAUCCCCAAGAAUUGAAAUUGGUUUAGAAUGACCUCCUAAGGGAAUUUUUACCUUUAAUCCCCUAGAAAUUCCACUAUUAAAUACCUUAAUUCUUAUUUCAUCAGGUUUAACUAUUUCAUGAUCACACCAUGCAAUUAUAGAAAAUAAUUAUACCCAAUCCUUUCAAAGCCUUUUAAUUACUGUAAUUUUAGGUUUAUAUUUUUCCUUUCUUCAAAGAUAUGAAUAUUACCAAGCCCCAUUCUCUAUUAGAGAUAGAAUUUAUGGAUCAACCUUUUAUAUAACUACUGGCUUACAUGGACUUCACGUAUUAAUCGGAACAAGCUUUUUAUUAAUCUGUUUAAUCCGACUUUACUUCAAUCAUUUUUCAACCUCCCACCACUUCGGAUUUGAGGCAGCCGCCUGAUAUUGACACUUUGUAGAUGUAGUAUGACUAUUCCUUUAUCUUUCUAUUUACUGAUGAGGAAGAUAA